UUCUUUAAGAACACCACUAAUCUCUCUCUCUCUCUCUGUGCGAACGAUGUUCAUCUAUUUCUGCUCAUCCUCAUAUUGAAAUUUGGAUCGCAUAGAUCCUGACAGAUAUGGGAACGCCGGUAAACAUCAUAGUUGGAUCACAUGUUUGGGCAGAGGAUUCAGAAGUUGCGUGGGUUGAUGGCGAAGUUAAAGAAAUCCAUGGCAGAGAUGCCACCAUUAUUACCACAACUGGGAAGACUAUAGUUGCAGACAUUUCCAGUAUGUACCCAAAAGACACAGAAGCACCACCAGCAGGGGUUGACGACAUGACUAAGUUGGCUUACCUCCAUGAGCCGGGAGUCCUGCAUAACCUAGCCUGUCGGUUUGCUCUUAAUGAGAUAUAUACUUACACUGGGAACAUUCUAAUAGCGGUGAAUCCGUUCCAGAGACUGCCACACUUGUAUGAAAUCCACAUGAUGGAGCAGUACAAAGGAACUGCUUUUGGGGAGCUAAGUCCACACCUUUUCGCUGUUGCAGACACUUGUUACAGGGCAAUGAUAAACGAACAAGGAAGCCAGUCAAUUCUGGUUAGUGGGGAGAGUGGUGCUGGUAAAACAGAGACAACAAAAAUGCUCAUGAGAUAUCUCGCGUUCAUGGGGGGCAGAUCAGGUACAGAAGGAAGAACAGUAGAACAACAGGUUUUAGAGUCCAACCCAGUCUUGGAGGCAUUUGGGAAUGCCAAAACUGUGAAAAACAACAAUUCGAGUCGUUUUGGUAAAUUUGUAGAGAUCCAAUUUGAUAACAAUUGGAAAAUCUCUGGAGCUGCAAUUCGUACAUAUCUUCUCGAAAGAUCACGUGUUUGCCAAGUCUCGGACCCAGAGAGAAAUUACCAUUGUUUUUACAUGCUUUGUGCGGCACCAGCGGAGGAUAUCAACAGGUACAAGUUAGGGGACCCAAGAACAUUUCACUAUCUUAAUCAAUCCUCCUGUUAUGAAGUAGCAAAUGUAGAUGAUGCAAGAGAGUAUUUGGAAACCAGAAAUGCUAUGGAUGUUGUUGGGAUCAGCCAGGAAGAGCAGGAUGCAAUAUUCCGAGUGGUUUCUGCAAUCCUCCAUCUUGGGAACAUUGACUUCAUCAAAGGGGAUGAAGUUGAUUCUUCCAAAUUAAAAGAUGAUAAAUCAUUCUAUCAUCUCCAAACAGCAGCAGAGCUACUCAUGUGUGAUAAGAAGGCUUUAGAAGACUCGCUUUGCAAGCGUGUCAUAGUGACUCCUGAUGGUAACAUUACAAAACCGCUGGAUCCGGACUCAGCUACAUUAAGUCGUGAUGCCCUGGCAAAGACAGUUUACUCCAGACUGUUCGAUUGGAUUGUGGAUAAGAUAAACAGUUCAAUUGGUCAGGAUCCAAAUUCGUCAAGCUUAAUAGGAGUCCUUGAUAUUUAUGGGUUUGAAAGCUUCAAGAUCAACAGUUUUGAGCAGCUAUGUAUCAACCUAACAAAUGAAAAGCUGCAACAACAUUUUAAUCAGCAUGUGUUCAAGAUGGAGCAAGAAGAGUACACAAAGGAUGAAAUUAACUGGAGCUACGUAGAAUUUGUAGAUAACCAGGAUGUUUUGGAUCUUAUCGAGAAGAAACCUGGGGGCAUAAUUGCUCUUCUUGAUGAAGCCUGUAUGUUCCCCAAGUCAACCCAUGAGACAUUUGCACAGAAGAUGUAUCAGACAUAUAAAGGACAUAAGCGCUUCAAAAAGCCAAAACUUGCUCGAACGGACUUCACAGUUAACCACUAUGCUGGAGAUGUCACAUACGAAGCAGACCAUUUUCUUGAUAAAAACAAGGACUACGUAGUGGCAGAACAUCAAGCUCUUUUAAAUGCCUCCACAUGCUCAUUUGUUGCAAAUCUAUUCCCUCCACUACCUGAGGAGACAUCAAAACAAUCCAAGUUUUCUUCCAUAGGUACCCGUUUCAAGCAACAACUACAAGCUUUAAUGGAGACACUUAGCACGACAGAACCACAUUAUAUCAGAUGUGUUAAGCCCAAUACAGUUUUGAAGCCCGGAAUUUUUGAGAAUGUCAAUGUAUUAAACCAGCUGAGAUGUGGUGGUGUGCUAGAGGCUAUAAGGAUUAGUUGUGCUGGAUAUCCAACAAAAAGAACAUUUGAUGAGUUCCUUGACCGCUUUGGCUUGUUGGCUCCUGAUAUUCUGGAUGGAUCUGAUGAAAAAUCAGCAUGUAUUGCCAUAUGUGACAGGAUGGGCCUGAAGGGAUAUCAGAUUGGAAAAUCAAAGGUGUUUCUUAGAGCUGGUCAGAUGGCUGAAUUAGAUGCACGCAGAACGAAAAUUUUGGCUGAUUCUGCCAGAUGUAUUCAAAGGCAAAUCCGAACACAUCUAACCAGAAAGGAGUUCAUUGCCGUGCGAAGGGCUGCUAUUCACUUGCAGAAACUUUGGAGAGGACAACUUGCACGUAAGAUGUAUGAGCAGAUAAGGAAGGAAGCUGCUUCAAUACGUAUACAAAAACAUCUACGCGCUCACACAGCAAGGAAGUCCUACAUAAAAUUUCAGGCUGUAUCAAUCGUCAUCCAAACUGGUUUACGAGCUAUGGCAGCCCGAAAUGAUCAUCGAAACAGGAAAAGAACCAAGGCUGCAAACAUUAUUCAGACUAAUUGGCGAAGAUUUGAAGCUGUUUCUGAAUAUAAACACCAGCGAAAGGCAACUCUAACUCUUCAAUGUCUCUGGAGAGCAAAGGUAGCGAGGAGGGAGCUUAGAAAGCUUAGAAUGGCUGCACGAGAAACGGGAGCUCUUAAGGCAGCUAAGGACAUGCUGGAGAAGCGUGUUGAAGAGCUAACAUGGCGACUGGACUUUGAAAAGCACUUGAGGAUUAGAUUAGAGGAAGAAACUGAGAGAAUAGAGAAAGAUUCAAAACUGCAGAAAAAUGCUCUGCUCACUCUCAAAGUCUGA